AUGAGUAACAUUACGACAUACACAACAACCACUGUAGCCAAGAAUUCUAAACCAAGACUUUUAUUGAAAACGACGAUGAAUAAUACUACCGCUCAAUCAACAGUAACAGCUACGGCCUCUAUAACUCUAUCUUCUUCACCCAUAACAGGGUCUUUCUAUUUACCACCGCCACAAAAAACAAACAGAAAAGGUCGUUUCCUCCAUAAACAUUUACGAAAACCCCCUUCCUUCGAUACUUAUGUUAGUGGAACAGAACCAGUAGACCUCAAUAAGCCUCAUGCUUAUUACACUGAAUUAAUGUAUGCCAAGAAAGCUAUUAAUGGUCUUUCUACCUAUCAGCCCCGUGCACGGCGAGGUUCAUCUACGACCGUCAAAUUUGUCAGGUUUGCUAAUGACUUUAAUGAUGAUGGUAGUAGUAUCACUAGUUCUUCAAGCAGUAGCAGUAGUGCGGAUGAUUGGGAUCCGCAAGAUAUUGAUGAGGAAGAUGAGGAUGAAGAGUUCAUUUUCAUGACUCCAAGAAUUCCCAUACACGAACGACAAGACAUUAAACAUCACAACAGAGCUUAUUCAACAUGA